UUUAAAUCAUUAUAUACUUAAUUCAUUCUGUCAAUGUCAGUGUCCUAGUAAAUACAUUGCAAAAUGUAUUUACUACUCCUCGUCUCCUUAUUGGGAUCCGCGCUCAGCGUCCCAUUGGACAUUGACGAUGACGUCACAAGAAAUGUCAACUACGAGAACUACCUCCUGCCGGGAGAAUCCUAUCCGACAUUCUACGACGUCAGACUGUUAUUGAACCCUGACGUCACAGACAGUUUCAGUGGUAACGUCACCAUCAGGAUAGUACCAAGAAGAACUACAAAUCAGAUCGUGCUCCAAGCAAUGGAAAUGCAGAUCCACACGAUCCGACUUACCAGAUCCGAUAGCCUACAACAGAAUCUCUUCUUGAAUUUCGUCCAUGAGAGAGACGAUACCCAUUUCCUUACAAUCAACUCUAAUACGCCGCUCGUUAUGGGACUAACAUAUAUUGUAGACAUUAGUUACACCAGUAAGUUUGCUGAGAACAUGUUCGGUGUUUAUAUCUCUACUUACGAAGAGCCUGGAGUAGGAACACAACGUCUGAUUACGUCACAACUGCAGCCGACGUUUGCAAGGCGCGCUUUUCCGUGCUAUGACGAGCCGGCUUACAAGGCGGUCUUCAGGACUACUAUAUAUGCGCCGCCUGCGUACCCUGUCGUCAGAAGCAACAUGCCUGAAAGAACUGAUCUCUUAAAACCUGAAAUACCUAGGUAUCGCAAGUUCGAAUUCCAAGAUACUCUUAUGAUGUCUUCAUACCUUCUCGCAUACUUAGUAUCCAAAUUUGAAUACGUCACCAACGAAGCGAGCCCACUCUAUAAUGUACCGUUCAGAGUAUACUCUAGACCUGGUACACAGAACACAGCUACAUUCGCAUUGGACUUCGGCCAGAGAAAUAUGAUCGCUCUGGAGAACUACACACAGUUCACUUACGCUUUCCCCAAGAUGGAUAAGGCAGCUGUACCCGAUUUUGCCGCUGGUGCUAUGGAGAACUGGGGUCUUGUUAUAUACAGAGAAGUUGCUCUGCUGGUGCGCGAUGGUAUCACAACGACCAACACGAAGCAAAACAUCGGUCGUAUCAUCUGUCACGAGAACGUGCACAUGUGGUUUGGUAAUGAAGUCAGUCCCACCACAUGGACAUAUACAUGGCUGAAUGAAGGAUUCGCCAACUUUUUUGAAAACUUCGCCACUGACUUGGUGUUACCAGAAUGGCGUAUGAUGGAUCAGUUCGUACUCCUGUUACAAAACGUGUUCCAAAACGACGCGGUACUCGGUGUCAAUCCCAUGACCCACCCUGUGUUCACUCCUUCACAAAUCAUUGGAACUUUCAACGCUGUUGCUUAUCAGAAAUCUGGCUCCGUGAUUCGAAUGAUGCAGCACUUCCUGACGCCCGAAGUGUUCAGGAGAGGACUCGUCAUUUACUUACGUAACAAUUCUCGGCGCGCGGUUACUCCCCCGGAUCUUUACACAGCUCUCCAGCAAGCACUAAAUGAGUCCUCGCAUAGUAUACCCUGGCCAUUGGCAACCGUGCUGGACAGGUGGACCAACCAGGGUGGUUUCCCCGUUCUAACUGUGAGACGAUCUGCACCCGGCGCACAAUCUAUUUAUGUGUCUCAGGAACGUUUCCUGACUAAUAGACAGUUAUCGUCUAACUACCGUUGGCACGUGCCUAUCAACUGGGUAUUGUCGACCAACGCCGACUUCUCUAAUACCAGCCCUCAAGGUUGGGUGCCCCCCACCUUCCCCGCUGUCUCCUUCGACAUCCCCGGAUUGUCCAAUGCUGAUUGGUAUAUCAUCAACAAGCAACAAACAGGUUACUAUCGAGUGAACUACGACGUGGAGAACUGGCAAGCUUUAGCCCGUGUGCUAAACUCUAGUCACCAGACCAUCCACGUGCUGAAUCGCGCUCAAAUUGUUGAUGACUCGUUCAACCUCGCAAGGAAUGGCAGACUUAACUACGUCCACGCAUUCGAAAUCUCUCGUUAUUUGGUGCAAGAAGCUGAUUACAUCCCCUGGGCGUCUGCUAACACUGCGCUCAGCUACCUGGAUAUCGUGCUUAGUGGCUCCGAUGUUUACGAUCUGUUUAAGACUUAUAUGCUGCAACUGUCUACACCAUUAUACGAACGUUUGGGUUUCUCAUCUCAAUUACCAGAAGAGCAUGUGACCGCUUACCACAGGAACAUCGUUCUCGACAUCCACUGCAGGCUUGGUAACCAACACUGCGUCAACCGCUCUCAAGAACUUCUGGAGCAGUUCAGAAAUGAUCCAAGUCAGCGUUUGAACCCUGACGUUCAGACAACAGUAUUCUGCUCCGGUCUUCGCGGAGGCGACGUCAACAACUUUAACUUCCUCUGGAAUCAAUACCUCGCCAGUACCGACUCUAGCGAACAAUCCAUUCUGCUCAACGCUCUGGGCUGCACUUCGAAUGCCGAAAGACGUGACUUCUACCUAAACCAAGUGAUCAGUGAAACAUCAGCGGUGCGCGACCAAGACCGUCACUCUGUCAUCGUGUCCGUCAUUAACUCCAGCCCUGAGAAUAUGGAAGUUGCUCUGGACUUUGUUAUUGAGCAUUUUGCUGCUAUCCAACCAAGAGUACAAGGAUUGACUGGUACGACUAACAUUCUGAACGCCUUCGCUAGAAGAUUGACAACUCGUCAACACUCGACAAAGAUUGAGACAUUCAUCAGUCGUCACCAAUCUAUUUUCACGGCCGGUGAGUUGGCGGCCAUAGGAGCCAUCCAGGAGAACAUCGCGGCUUCAAUAGCCUGGAGCGACCAGAACUACGCCACAGUCAGUUCCUGGUUAAAUGAUAACUUUAGAAGCAACGCUAAUGCUCUCACUUCCAGCUUGCUUAUUCUUAUUUCUUUAUUUAUUGCUGUUUACAAUAUGUAAUUUUAA